UCCAACUGCUUUGUUUUAUCAUUGUUAUGCUUUCACAGACCCCAGCUGGAAAUCAAUAGUGAAAGCAUUGCUCCUUUAAGGGAGUGAGAACUGCUGCCUCUCUCCCUUCCUUCUGGCUCAGCUUGAGCACUUGGGGGAGGGCAGAUCACAACAGAGGCCUCAGGAAAGGAACUGGAUUCUUUAUGUGAUCGUCGAUUGGGUUCAUGUCAAGCCAGGGCAUCACUUUACCCUUAGAUAAAGUGCCAUGGUUCUGCAGUGCCAGAGUGUGGGAGCUUGGUUACUCUUUGCAUAUGCAGUUAGUGCCAGCCCUGCUGAUGAGAGUGCUGUACGUGGCAGCCGGACAGACCAGGGGGAUCAAGCUCUGGAUGAGAAGCACCAGGAUACUUAUGGCACAUUUGCUUCUGAGUUUUACGACUUAAGAUAUCUUUCAGAAGAAGGUUAUCCUUUUCCUACAGCUCCUCCAGUAGAUCCGUUUGCAAGAAUUCGUGUAGAUGAUUGUGGAAAAACAAAGGGCUGCUUUAGAUAUGGCAAACCUGGAUGUAAUGCAGAGACCUGUGACUAUUUUCUGAGCUAUCGCCGCAUUGGAGCAGAUGUAGAAUUUGAGCUAAGUGCAGACACUGAAGGCUGGGUAGCUGUUGGGUUUUCCUCUGACAAAAAAAUGGGAGGGGAUGAUGUCAUGGCCUGUGUUCAUGAUGACAAUGGAAGGGUUCGCAUCCAGCACUUCUAUAACGUUGGUCAGUGGGCCAAGGAGAUUAAGAGGAAUCCUGCCAGGGACGAGGAAGGGGUGUUCGAAAACAACCGUGUAACUUGCAGGUUCAAGCGUCCUGUUUAUGUACCAAGAGAUGAGACUAUAGUGGAUUUGCACUUGAGCUGGUACUACUUAUUUGCAUGGGGCCCAGCAAUACAAGAUCCGGAACUGGAGGUGGGCCUGCUAAGAGGGUCCAUUUUACAAGAUUUGAGGAGCUGCUGCUGCCUUUUCUCCACAGGGAGAGUGUACGAGGUGUGUCCGGCACCUUUGAUUCGGACAGGAAUGUUGGCCAAGGUGGACGCUCCUCGUUUGGGCUCCACUCCCCACAGCGCCAUCCUGAAAUUCAAGGAGAAACCUUUAGUGGGGAGGAAAGUGAGAGAGGGUCACAUGUCGGUGGCAGAGACGUGGCCUUCUUCUUGGAUGAGGAGCCGGCCAACAUUCCCCAGCAGCAGCAGCUCCAAACCCAGGCCAGAGGAGAGAGAGUGGCCCCCAAGGAACCUCAAAAAGAUAGGUUCCACAAAUCCCUAAUCAGGCACCACAAAGCGCUGAUGCGCAAAAUGGACCAAAUGCAUGUCGACUUGUGUGUGGCCACUAACGCCUACAAUGAGGGUCAGGCAUGCCAAGCCACACAUGAGUCGGCAAUGCUAAGCCUCAUUCAGGCCAGCGAGGCACGUAAGGCCUAACAUGAGGCUGCCAUGUUGAGCCUGCAAGAGGAGCAGGUAGAGCUUAAAAGACAAAAAGUGGCUCUGUUGGCUGAACAAAAUUCACUCCUGAAACAACAAAUUGCUGCCCUCCAACAACAGGGCCAAAAGCCAACAGAGCCAACAAGCUCUACCAGUGGAGCUGCUGGUGAGAGCGCAGCUCCCGCUCCUGCAGGUUCAACAAGGCAACUUCGGAAAAGAAAAUAAAUUGUGCAGAUUAGGGAUUUGUGGAACCUAGCUUUCCUUAGCUAGGUUUUGUUUUAUUUUUUCUUUUUUUUGUUUUUAAUUUGGUUGCAGGUGUUGGUGAACCUGCUUUAAAAAAAUUAUUUUGGAAGUGAGAAUAAACCUUUUUUUUGGGUCAAA